ACGGCCCGGGCCCCGCCCACCGCGCUCCGAAAGGCCCGGGCCCGCCCACCGCGCCGCCCGCGCCCUGCGGAACUCUCCUACGCAGACGUGUUUCGCGGGGAGCGAAUUUGGCGUCGGUCCGGAAGCCCUCCUCAGGCUCUGGCUGCGGCUGCAGCGCAUGGCGGCUCCAGGACAUCCUGCUCGGGAGACAUCGGCAGCCCCAGGGCACCCUACGUGCAGUGACGCCGCCUCCAGGGCCAAGAAGCAAAAGAAGAAGAAGAAAACCCGGAAUGGGGCCUCUGCGGCGAAUGGAGGCGGGAAGGCCACAGAAACGCCGGCCCCAGAGGAAGCCCCCCUAAGUGCGGAGGCCCAGGCGGAGCAGCUGGCCCGGGAACUGGCCUGGUGCGUGGAAAAGCUGGAGCUGGGGCUGAAGAUGCAGAGACCCACCCCUAAGCAGAAAGAGCAAGCUCUUGGGGCAAUCCGAACCCUGCGCAGCCAAAGAACCCCCCUGCCCCGGAAGAGGCAGCUGAUGCGCUCCUUGUUCGGGGACUACAGGGCUCAGAUGGAAGCCGAGUGGUGCGUGGCCCUGCGGGCUCUCAGGACUGCUGCCCACUCAGUCCAGGUGCAGCCUGUAGGUGAGGCCGCCAGAAAGAAGAGCCGAAGGGUCUGCAGACAUCGUCUAACAGGGAGAGCCAAGGACACCUUAGACACUCCUGAUGAAGAGUUUAGGUUCAAUUUCUUUUAGCCUCUUCCCCAUUCUGGAACGGUCUUCCUCUGCAGUUGGUGCAGGGGUUUGUCUUGAGUGCAGAGCUUUCCCAGGAAUGCUCUGUCAGACAGAUGUGGGGUUGCUCUGUCCCUGGCUGGUCAGUGAAUCUGGUGCCGUGACUGUUGGGCAGAUGCGAGACCUGCAUGUUGGGUACUGACCUGACUGUCAGACAAGCCCAGGGCCCCGUGUAUAGGUUUUCAGCUGAAAUGUCUCUCCUGCCAGAAGAGGGAGGUCCAUUCAGAAGUUUCUACAGUAAACUGAAGUGAGUGUUAACCAUGUUGUAGAAGGACUCUUUUAACAGGCUUAGGAGCAGACUAAGUAGAUGUUGGUAAUAAGGAUUAGUGGGGAAGCUACAUAGUUAUACACUGGUGCUCACUUACGGAAGGAUGUUUUGUCAAGUGGUGUAGAGCUCCAGGCCAUUGUGUCACAUUGCCGUAAUAAAAGUAUUCCUCAUAAAAGUGGAAGAGUGAAAGCGUGUGUUAACUGUCUAUAUAGAUGAUGUGGUGUGUGGCACUGCUGGGGCCAGGCUCUCACCCCAGAGCUUGGUGUUUUGUCUAUAGUGCCUUCAUUCCUGAGCAGGUAUCACCCCUGGGGAGCCAUCGUAGCCCCGAGCAGCCCAGGCUUUGUUCUGAGGAGCAGGUAGCUUCCGGCCCUAAGAAUCCCAGCCAGACACCAGCAUUGAGUCUCAGCGGACAGGCUCUGAUGUCAGCUGCUCCAGGUGAUAGUCCCAGGCCUUCUGCGUUAAGUUGGGUUUUCAAGGGGGCUUCAUCCUCUUCAGUGGUUGUGAUGCCAUCUUUGGUGGUGUCUCCCAAACUUGCAGACUAGACUAGAUAGAUACCUGGAGCCCACCUGCCUACUCAACAUCUCUAUUUUGCUGUUUCACAGGCAUUUCAAACUUGACGUGUCCAAAACAUCCGAUUAGUCCCUAAAUCUCCAUUUGUUUUCUGCUUUUCAGUGAAUGGCACUACUGCCCAACUAGUUGAUCUGGCCAAAACUCUGUGUCCCCUCUGCAAAAGGGGUUCGUGGGUCCGAUUCCAACGUGUGUGUGUGUUUUGUGUCGAGUGUCCCUGACACCAACAGCAAUUCCUGGAUGUCAGCAGCGUGUCCAAGAAUGCAACUCAAUUCUGACACUGUCUACCCAGAGAUGGAAUCGGAUUCCACAGGAAAAGCGCUCAGUCCCACAAGACCCCCCUCCACUUCACAUGCCAGUCACGAGUCCUAUAGUUGUUCCCUAUACUUCUGACCAACUGGCUAUAAAUCAGGUUCCUGUGACCCCCUUCUUGGGUUCAGUUAACUUGCUAUAAUGAAUACCAGAACUCAGGAAAUCUUGUUCGCUCACUAGAUGACCAAUUUAUUACUAGGAUAUGAAUAAAAGCCAGAUACAUAGCACCAGGCACGGGGAAAGGCGUGGAACUCUCCUUCGGUCUCUGUGUUCACCACCCGGAAGCUCUCUAAACCCCGUCCUUCUUUUGUAUUUUAUGGAGUCUUCCUUACAUAGACAUUAUUGAUUCAACUUUUAGCCCUCCGCUCCCCAGAGGUGGGAAGUUUUAACCCUCUAAUCACAUGCUUACUUCCGCCAGCCAGCCUCCAUCUUUGGUCGGAAUUCGAAAAUCACCUUCCCUGAAGUGUUUUCAGGAACUGAGGACAAGAGACCAAAUAGCCUAUCACCAUUGUUCCUCAGGAAAUUCCAAGGGUCUUUUGGAGCAGUGAGCCAG